GUCCCACUGUCAAAACAUAGGCCGUGCGAGGGUACAACAGUAUGGUGGACCUUUUUGAGACCAACACUUAUUUCUUCAACGAUCUGCGCUAUCUCGAGGGAGAUCAUGGACCAUUGCAGCACUUGGACAUGGCGGGGGUGUCUCCUUUGUACCACGGGAAUGACAGCCCGUUGUCACCUGGGGGGGAUCCGUCCGAGACUGGAUGUGACAGCAGCGGAGAGGAGCAUGUCCUCGCACCCCCUGGUCUUCAGCCACACUGCGAGGGACAGUGCCUCAUCUGGGCUUGUAAGGUUUGUAAAAGAAAGUCUGCACCAACCGACAGGCGCAAAGCGGCCACUCUCAGGGAAAGAAGGCGGCUCAAGAAGAUUAAUGAAGCAUUUGAUGCGUUGAAGAAAAAGACCGUGCCCAAUCCGAACCAGCGGCUGCCCAAAGUGGAGAUUUUACGCAGCGCCAUAAACUACAUCGAGCAAUUGCAGGACCUGCUGCAUACACUGGAUGAGCAAGAAAAAACGCCCCAAAAUGGCUCAUAUAACUAUAACGUGAAAGAACACCAUGUCUUCUAUGAUAGCGCCUGUGCCUCCUCGCCAGAGGGCCUGGACUUCGGUCCCGGGGAACUGGACGGCUCAGAGGAGGACGAGCACGUCCGGAUCCCUGGGACACCUCACCAGGCGGGUCACUGCCUUCAGUGGGCCUGCAAGGCCUGCAAGCGUAAGUCCAGCACAGUGGACCGGCGGCGGGCUGCCACCAUGAGGGAACGACGCCGGCUGAAAAAGGUGAACCACGGCUUCGAGGCUCUGAGGCGCUGCACCUCAGCCAACCCCAGCCAGAGGCUGCCUAAGGUGGAGAUCCUGCGCAACGCCAUCCAGUACAUCGAGAGCCUCCAGGAGCUGCUCCAUGAGCAUGUGGAGAACUACUACGGCCUUCCUGGGGAGAGCAGCUCAGAGCCUGGGAGCCCCUCGUCCAGCUGCUCCGACAGCAUGGUUGACUGUAACAUUCCCGUUGUGUGGCCUCAGAUGAACACAAGCUAUGGCAACAACUACAGCUAUACUAAGAAUGUGAGCUCUGGAGAGAGAGGUGCUGGUGCCUCCAGCCUGGCCUGCCUGUCUAGCAUAGUAGAUCGCCUCUCCUCGGUGGAUGCCAGUGCCCCAGCAGGGCUCAGAGAUAUGCUUACCUUCUCGCCCUCCAGCACCGACUCCCAGCCUUGUACUCCAGAAAGCCCCGGGACCAGACCUGUGUACCACGUAUUGUGAAGAUGACCUGCAUUAGAAUAGGAAUAAUCUGAUGGCCCUGAUCUUCAACCGCAUACCGCUUUGACUUCCUAUUUCGGUGAUGGCUGAGAUCGAUCAACACCUGCCAACCUUUGUAUUGUAAAUAAGAUUGUAAAUAUGUACUGUAAAUGUUCAUUUAUUUUAAACAAUAUAAAUACCAACUGUGACAUAUUUAAUUGAUCCCUUUCAUGUGUCUGUCCUAAUAUAGGCCUAUGCAUCAUUGAAACAAGUUGUAUUUAAGCUAUUGCAUUUGUUAGCUUCACGUUUCUCAUGAUCAAUAAACGUUUCAAUAAUU